AUCGCAUAAAAAAAACAUUGCAGUUUUUAAAAUUAUAUUUCACGCGCGACCGAUCACAAUUAGUGAUACUCCAAUGGAGAAUUAGACAGGCAAUUAGUUUACGCAUAAUUAAAGCAGGUUGAACCGAUAGGCGCAUCGUACUCAUCGUGUUACUAGCAUCGGCGGCUUUUUUCUUCUUUUCAAUUUCUUUUCGCUUCUCACUUUUUUGUUUCCAUAUCGUCAUGAGUCGAUUCGUUUCAUUUAUUGUUCUUUCAGCGCGUGCUAUGCGUGGAAGUGGGAGAUCGGUAUGAAAAGUGCAAGUGUUAAGAUUGGUCGAUAUGGUCGCUGGAGAUACGGACAAGAUUGGCUUAAGUCCGCGCACUUAUUGCCAAAGUAUAAAUAAGUUUGCCUCUUCGGUGAAGAGCGCAGUGUGCUCAGCUUGUUGCCGAAGUGUAGAUUGGAGAACAGCGCGAGCAUCUCAACAGCAAGGGAGUCAACAAUAAGCAAACGAUGGCGAGUUUGAAGCUGAUCACGUUGCUGGAAUUGCUACUGAUGGUAACAUGGAUCGACUCCUAUCGGAUCGAUUACGUUAUCGGCGGUAACAACGAAUUCGGAUCGGACGUGGGAGCUCAUAGCGCAUUGACCGGCGGAGGGUUCACCCAAUCAGGUGUCUCACUAAAUGAUCCUGUCAAGUUCGAUAGGCUGUAUUCCAAAUUCGAGACUCGUUUUGAUCCCAAAGAUUCUGAUGUUAACUAUGGUCAGGAAGGGGCCUAUGCCCCAGAGCAAUACGCCGAAUCAGAUUAUGAUGAACAUCGACCUGUAAGUCCCGAGGGAGCUACCCAGGGACAAGAUGAAGAUUACGCUGAUACCCGCGCAGCUCCACGUGUCCAAACCCCGCAAGCCUCACCUCGUUCCCAUGAUGAUCAUGAGCAUUCCGAAUCGCAACACCAUGGUCACAAGGAGGAAGAAGAGCACGCCGAGGUGCACUACCACAAACAUACCCACAUGCACAAACACACCCAUAAACAAGAACACGUACACAAGCACCAGGGUGAUCACAAACACAUGCACGAUUCCAAGCACGGUCACGAUCACAAACACCUCGGAGAACAUAAGCACGAACAUAAGGGCUCACACAAACAUGGUCAUGACCACAAGGAGGCCCACAAACACGACCACAAGUCCGAUCAUAAACACGGACACAAACACCAUGGCGAACACAAGCAUGACCACAAAGAGGACCACAAAGAAGACCACAAACAUGAUCACCAUGGAAAGCAUCAUCAUGAUCACAAACACGACCACAAAUCACACGCCAAGCACGAACAUCAUUCCAAGCAUCAUCAUGACGCUCACCACGAUCACAAAGAGGACCAUCAUCAUUCGGGCAAACACGAUCACAAGUCGCACCACAAGCAUGGUCAUCAUCAUUCCGCUAAACAUGAUCAUAAGGAGGACCACCACCAUGGACACAAGCACGGUCAUCAUCACAAGCACGGACACAAACACUCCAAGCAUUAAAUUCUAGUUGAAUACUCACUGUUAGCCUUAAAUUGUUGAAUUUGUAUUUUUGUUUAUUGGUUAUUGUGUUUUUAUAGAAAUAAACUUGUUUUCCAUUAAAUCUUA